UUGACAUCAAAGUCACCUGUUCUUUGCGCUUAGCAAUUAAUGGAGGACGCUGAGGGACAUCCUCCGAAGCGCGAACAGUUCGAGGAUGAUGGAUUGCUUGAUGGAGAGGACGGGGAUGAGCCAAACGAGUACCUCGAGCUUGACCCCAAUAGUGACGCAAGCGUGUGGCUGGUAAAGGUACCCAAGUCCCUCAUGGAGACUUGGUCCAAUGUCCAAAAGCCUCAAACACUACUGGGGACUGUACGCGUUUGGGCCAACGACGUCAAUGGCAGCCAAAGAGUCCAGUUGCUGCUUCCCGAGACCCCUGAAUAUACAAUUGGCGAUGAACCAACUGAAUACAGCCUGGAUGUCACCAAUCAAACGGUUCAAAGCCAAUAUGUCCUCACCGACCAACCGAAUGACAAAUCAGCCAACAAACGCACGCGGAAAACGCGGGUAAUUGGGCAAAUAAAGCAUCACGCAUCUCUGAAACCCCUCAUGAGUGAUCAGUAUGUGGCCAGGAUCCGUCGGCGAGCUGCACAAGCAAACAAGCCAAGGAAAUCCAUCGUUAUGCUUGAAGACCGGCAGGAUGCAGGGGGCUCGAACCUCAAGAUGGUACAAAGUGGCGCCAUUCAGACCAAUGCAGGAUUCAACCUUGCAAAAAAGUCUUCUCGUCCUACAGAGAAGCCCCAAUUCGAACGCGCUGCUCGUAUUUCACGAAACGAGCUUCUGGAUCAACUCUUCACUCUUUUCACAGACGAAGAGCCGUAUUGGUCCAUGAAAGACCUUCGCAGACGAACUAAUCAGCCCGAGGCUUACUUGAAGGAGAUCCUGAACGAAAUCGCAGAUCUGCAGAGGGGAGGACCUCACAAUACGAAAUAUAGUCUGAAACCUGGGUUUAACUUGGCUGCCCAUCGAACGAAUGCACCAGCUAUGGAACCCGAUAUGAGUGCCCCGGGUGUAAAGGACGAAGAAAUGGAAGGUGCCGAUGACGAUGAAGACGAAGAUGAAGAUAUGGAGGAGAUAGGCUAGGCUCAACAUUCGCUUCUAUUUGCAUGUAGCUUUACAAUACUGUAAUAGUAAUGGAUUGCCACUUUAAAACUGUAGCCACCGACUUUCUCCCA